AUGACAAUAUCAAAUAUUCGUGGAUUUAACAAACCAAGUAAAUUUUUCUAUGAUAUCCUUUCUUCUCACCAAUCGCUGCAAUUUUUCCGUAAUACUCGUCCAUAUAGCGCUCAACAUGAAAUGAUAGUAUCAUUCUAUGAUGAUAAAGUAACAAAAUAUGCUGAAAAAUCUAUUAGACCAGUUACGUUAAAAGAAUUAAUUCGAUUUGGACAACCACCAUUAAGUACUUCAAAAUUAUUUGAGUCAGCAAAUUAUACACGUUCGGAAUUGCCAGUUCGAUUAGCAAGAAGAGUAAAAGCCUUGCAAAAUUUACCAUUUAUAGUAGGAACAAAUCCAUAUAUCAAAAGUAUUUAUAAAUUGUAUUUUGAUUCUUUUGAAUUAAUAAGAUCAUUUCCUGAACGCAUUAAUAAUGAGGAAACUGAUGAGAAAUUUGCUGAAAUGUUGAGAAAUAUGGUUUCUUCUCAUUCUGAUAAUAUUCCUACUUUAGCCAAAGUAACCAAUAUGUUGCAAGUUCGCCAUGAAGGUAAAUAUCCUCACUUUUCAAUUAUAUCAAUCACUUUUAUUCUACUUAAACAUUUUGUUUCCCAUUUUAGAAUAUUGGAAGAGCCGAAUCAAAGGGAAAGUGAAGACUUGAUACCAUCAUUAUCAGCAGUGUCUGUCAUUAUUCCCAUUAGCAGUUCUAAAUUGGAAAUAGAAAUUCUUAUAAGAAUCUUAAACCGAAAGUGGGAAGUUGAGGCGUUGACUAUUGGGUCCAGAUACCACAAAUGGAAAGUUGAUGCGUUGGCUAUUGGCUAG